GACUGUCGACAACGAGAGCGUGCACUGGUCGCUGAGUCUUCACUUUCUAUAUUAUUGGCUUGGUUCAGUUCGGCUCAGUUCGCGAGAUUCAUGGCACUUCAUCUUUUGUUCGCACCUUACCUCCCGGAGCUUUCCUCUCAGAGGGUUGCUAAUGGUCGAGUCCAUUGUUCCGCGAGCACGCAGGUCUCUGAUCCUCAGGGAGGACGAAGAUCGGCCAAUUAUCAGCCAUCUGUCUGGACUUACAAUUACCUUCAGUCCCUUGUGGCCGAUGAAGUUCGUCGAUCUCGUCGUGAGGUUGAGCAACGGAAAGAAAAGGCACAAGUGUUGGAAGAACAAGUGAGAGGUGCUCUUAGUGACGAAACUGCUGAACCCAUGACCAUAUUUGCUCUGGUUGAUGACAUUCAACGCCUAGGACUGGGACAUCACUUUGGGGAAGACAUUUCGAGAGCUCUUCGCAGAUGUCUCUCUCCGGGUGCGGUCAAUAAGCGCCUUGACAAGUCUCUGCACGGCACAGCUCUCAGCUUUAGGGUUCUUAGACAGCACGGCUUCGAAGUUUCUCAAGAUGUUUUUAAGAUUUUCAUGGAAGAAAGCGGCAGUUUUAUGAAGAUCCUUGGUGGUGAUGUCCAAGGUAUGCUGAGUCUAUACGAAGCCUCCCAUUUGGCCUUCGAAGAAGAAGACAUCUUGCACAAGGCUAAAACAUUCGCCAUCAAGCAUCUCAAAAACCUCAAUAGCGACGUUAGCAAAGAUCUUCAAGACCAAGUGAUCCAUGAAUUGGAACUGCCUCUGCACCGUAGAAUGCCAUUGCUAGAAGCUCGAAGAUCCAUUGAAGCUUAUGGCAGAUAUGGAUACACGAAUCAUCCAAUUCUCGAACUUGCCGCGACGGAGUUCAACACUUCGCAAUCAACUCUCCAAAGAGAUCUUCAGGAAAUGUUAGGAUGGUGGAAUAAUGUUAGCCUCGCAAAAAGGUUGAGCUUUGCGAGGGAUAGACUUAUGGAGUGCUUCUUUUGGGCGGUUGGAAUUGCACACGAACCUUCACUCAGCAUUUGUCGGAAAGGGGUGACGAAAGCGUUCUCGCUGAUCCUUGUCCUCGAUGAUGUGUACGAUGUUUUUGGCACAUUGGACGAACUGGAGCUAUUCACAGAGGCGGUCCGCAGAUGGGACAUCAAUGCUGUGGAAGAUCUUCCUGGCUAUAUGAAGUUGUGCUUCUUAGCUCUCUACAACAGCGUAAACGAGAUGGCUUACGACACUCUAAAGGAGACCGGGGAAAAUGUCCUCCCGUAUCUAAGUAAAGCGUGGUAUGAUCUGUGCAAAGCCUUCUUGCAAGAAGCAAAAUGGAGUUACAAUAAGAUCGUCCCAGGAGUUGAAGAGUACUUGAACAAUGGGUGGGUAUCAUCAUCAGGACAGGUCAUGUUGACUCAUGCCUACUUUUUAUCAAGCCCAAGCAUGAGAAAGGAGGAACUCGAAUCGCUAGAACACUACCAUGAUCUCUUGCGGUUGCCGUCCUUGAUUUUCCGUCUUACCAAUGAUCUCGCUACCUCAUCGGCUGAGCUGGAGAGGGGAGAGACCACGAAUUCAAUACGGUGUUACAUGCAAGAAAAGGGGGUCUCCGAGUCAGAGGCUCGCGAGUGCGUUACAGAACAGAUCGACACGGCAUGGAAGAAAAUGAACAAAUAUAUGGUCGACGACUCGACUUUCAAUAAAUCUUUCGUGCAGAUGGCUUAUAACCUUGCCCGGAUGGCGCAUUGUGUGUACCAGGAUGGAGAUGCGAUUGGAGCUCCAGACGACCAGUCAUGGAACCGUGUGCACUCCUUGAUAAUCACACCUGUUUCUCUUGCGCAUGGUUAAAUUAGUUUGCACAAAAUCAUGUCAAAUAGACAUGAAAAAAAGUAUUGUGUGGACUUGAU